CUGAGCAGGAUGUGGUGGUUUGAUAGAGUGGAUAGAGCCACCUCUGUGAAGAUGGCUCUACAUUUUAUGGUACUUCUGUUGUUUUCCUUUCUUUGCAAAGCAAAUGCUUGUGAUAAAGAUACUGAGUUUAGGUGCGGAUCAGACGGACAGUGCCUCCCGGCAUCUUGGCAAUGUGAUGGUCAACAAGAUUGUACAGAUUCUUCAGACGAAAGUAGCUGUGAAGGGCUUGAGCUCAACUGUGAUGCAGAGACUGAGUUUGAAUGCAGCGACGGAUGUAUACCCAAACAAUGGCGUUGUGACGGAGAAGAGGAUUGUAAGGAUGGUUCAGAUGAAGCUUCAUGUGUAGAAUUGGAGCUCAGCUGUUCAGAGACUGAAUUCAAAUGCAGUGACAAUCACUGUAUACCUAAACACUGGCAUUGUGAUGGUGAUGAAGACUGCAAUGAUGGUUCGGAUGAAGCUACCUGUUCAGAUGUAGGGGUUGAACUCAACUGUAAUGCAGAGACUGAAUUUGAAUGCAGUGAUCAAUGUAUAACCAAAACGUGGCAAUGUGACGGUGACACGGACUGUGAAGAUGGUUCGGAUGAAGCUUCCUGCCCAGGAGAAUUGGAGCUCAGCUGUUCAGAGACUGAAUUCAAAUGCAGUGACAAUCAAUGUAUACCUAAACGCUGGCAUUGUGAUGGUGAUGAAGACUGCAAUGAUGGUUCGGAUGAAGCUACCUGUUCAGAUGUAGGGGUUGAACUCAACUGUAAUGCAGAGACUGAAUUUGAAUGCAGUGAUCAAUGUAUAACCAAAACGUGGCAAUGUGACGGUGACACGGACUGUGAAGAUGGUUCGGAUGAAGCUUCCUGCCCAGGAGACCAAACAUGUUCUGAUGAUGAGUUUACCUGUGAUGAUGGAUCCUGCCAGCCGUCUUCAGUUCGCUGUAACGGCUUUCAAGACUGCCCUGGAAACUCAGAUGAGAAAGACUGCUCUGGUGUCUGUACAGCGCAAAACCGUUUCCAGUGUCCUUAUCAAUCCACUUGCAUCUUGACCUCUCAGCUUUGUGAUGGCACUUCUGACUGUCAAGGCGGUGAAGACGAAACCAAGUGCACUGCUCAGGCAUGUAGUGAUGACAAUGGAGGUUGUGGAAGUAGACAGUGCAUCAGUGUCCCCAAGGGCUAUUACUGUGACCAUGCACCACCUAAGCUCCUUCUAGUAGACCGUACCACACUCAGAAAACUGAACGUUUUCUCUGCGACAACGGAGCUUGUAGCACGGGGGCUGAAUACAGCUGUUGCCAUUAGCUACGACCCUAUUAUGGAUGCUGUUUAUUUGACUGAUGUCGGAACUGAAAACAUAAGCAGACUCAGCUUCUCUGAUGGCUCAUCAGUCCACACCCAAGUAGUUGUUACAGAUACCAUAUCGAACGGCGUAGCAUACGACUGGGUCUACCGAAACCUCUACUGGACUGACACAGGUGAUGGUACCAUCAAUGUUGCUAGAUGGGACGGCAGUUUCAAGAAGACGCUCAUCAAUGAGAAUCUUAAAGAACCUCGAGGAAUUGUGGUGGAUCCAGCUGAAGGGUACAUGUUUUGGACAGACUGGGGUUCAACACCCCACAUUGGACGAGCUGGUCUCGAUGGUCAAGGUGUGGUUACCAUAGUAACUGAAGAUAUCAUAUGGCCUAAUGGUAUAGCUCUCGACUAUGAUGAGCAACGAAUCUUCUGGAUAGAUGCUAAGCUGCGUCGAAUCGAGUCGUCAGAUAUUGAUGGGAAUAAUCGACAUGUUAUCCUCGACACAACUAUAAGCCAUCCUUUUGAUAUCAUCGUACAUCAGGACAAUGUGUACUGGACUGACUGGGAGACUGACGCAGUGUCAACUGCAAAUAAAUACAAUGGAGAACGAAUGGAGGACAUUUUAGACGACAUAACUGAUCCAAAUGGUUUGGCAUUGAUGGACCAACAGAUUCCGCUUUCAGAGUUAACUAAUGUCUGUGAAAGCGCUGGUAAUCCAUGUUCCCAUCUAUGCUUGAGGUCCCUGAGUAACCAACAGGGGUUUGUAUGUGCCUGCCCAACGGGUACGACGCUUGCAUCCGAUGGAGAAAGCUGCCUAUGUGAGAAUAGAGGAUUGCUCAUGAAGGAUGGAGUCAGGUGUGAAGCGCCGAAUGCCUGUGAAGAAGCCGGACACAUCUGCUCCCAUAUCUGCCUCGAGGUCCCAAGAUCAGUGGAUCCUGCUGGGUUUAGAUGCUCCUGUCCGGGAGACAAGGCUCGCCUCACUGGAAGCAAUAACUCCACUUGUGUCUGCCAGGACGGAAGUCUUUUACAACCAGAUGAGAUUAGUUGCAAGGCUCAAUCAGAAUGUGGUCGUAGAGCGUUCCAGUGCCGUGAGAGCGGACAAUGCAUCUUGCUCUCCGCAGCAUGCGACGGACGCCAGCAUUGUAAAGAUGGGUCUGAUGAAGACGACUGUGAUGGUGGAUGCGGUGACUGGGGUUAUCAGUGUAAUAAUGGCCACUGCAUACCUAAACGGCAACGCUGUGAUGGGGAAACAGGGGAUUGUCCCGAGUAUGAAGAUGAAAUUGGAUGUGAGAAUGUUCCUGAUCGGUGCGGUACAACAGAACCUGACCCCUGCCCAGGAGUGACUUGCGUCAAUUUGCAAGCAGGACUACAGUGUGUUUGCCCUUACAGUUAUGCUCUUCAGCAAGACAAUCGAACAUGUCAGUUUGCUUACCCAACAUCACCCAAGUUGUUGUUAGCUGCCAAGCACCUGCUUCUGGAGAUUGAUACAUUGUAUUUGGAGGUUAAAGAUGUGCAGGGCCCUUGGAAUAACCUCCGCGGCUUAUCGUAUGGUGACGAUGGUACACUGUUUGUCGGUGAUAUCGAAGUUGAUACAAUAGACAGGUACGACACCACUGAAGGAUCCUUUCGCCAGCCAAUUAUAGCGACCAACCGGACCGUGGUUACUAGGCCAGAAAACGACACUGAGGGGUUGGCGUAUGACUGGGUCAACAAGAAUCUGUACUGGGUCAACAAGAAAAAACCUGCGUCCAUUGAAGUUAUCAGUAACAAUGGCCAAUUCCCGUCAAAGAAAAUCCUGAAGAAUUUGGGAAUACCAAGAGGUCUAGCAGUGGACCCAAAAGAAGCAUAUUUGUACUGGACUGACUGGGGAAGCAACCCGAUGAUUGGCAAAGCAGGUUUAGAUGGUUCCCAUCCAAUAAAACUGGUUCACACUGACAUUGUCUGGCCAAAUGGACUGACGCUCGAUUUCCAAGCUAGACGGGUGUACUGGGUGGAUAGUAAACUGGACAAAAUGGAAUACGUUGGGUUCGACGGUGACGGAAGACGUAUUCUGAUUCAGAACAGGCCGCUUUAUAUGGAGCACCCCUUCAGUAUUGCUGUUCACCAGCACCUGGUAUUCUGGAAUGAAUGGAGGUUGAACAAAGUAAGCAUUGCCAACAAGUUUACUGGAGAAAUACUGCACUCAAUUCCGCUAGACGUCCAGCCAUUCUUUUUGUCUGUUAAGGAACAUUCCGAGAUUGGAGAAAUCCCUAACCGAUGUUUGAAUCAUGGCUGUUCCCAUAUCUGCCUUCCCUCCCCCUCAAAACUGAGCGACUAUAUCUGUGCAUGCCCCCCGGGCAGUCUUCUGGAUUGGAAUGGAAAGUACUGCCUCUGUGAAAAAGGAGGGCGCCUACUUAAAGAUGGAAUCAGCUGUGAACCUCAAACAGGAUGCAGACGUAGAGAUUUCCAAUGCCGUGAGAGUGGAGAAUGCAUAUUGCUCUCCCAAACCUGUGACAGACACAAGCAUUGUAAAGAUGGGUCUGAUGAAGACGACUGUGAUGGUGGAUGCGGUGACUGGGGUUUCCAGUGUAACGAUGGCAAAUGCAUACAUAAACACCAGCGGUGUGAUGGCGUUACAGGGGACUGUCUUGAGUAUGAAGACGAAAUGGGAUGUGAGAAUGUUCUAGAUCGGUGCGGUACAACACAGCCUGAUCCUUGCCCUGGAGUGACUUGUAUUAAUUUGCAAGCAGGAGUGGAGUGUAUUUGCCCUGACAGAUAUGCUCUCCAGCAAGACAAGCGAACAUGUGAGUUCGCAUACCCAACACCACCCAAGUUGUUGUUAGCUGCCAGGCAUCGACUUCUGGAGAUCGAUACAUUGCUUUUGGAGUUUGCUGAUGUGCAGGGCCCUUGGACUAACGCCAUUAGUGUAACCUAUGGUGAAAUCGAUGACAUACUAUUUGUCGGUGAUAACUUACAAGAAACAAUAUACAGGUACGACACCACUGGAGGACGUUUUCGCUUGCCAGUUGUAGCGACCAAUCAGACCCUGGUAUCUGGGCGAGCCAACGACAGUGAGGGGUUGGCGUAUGACUGGGUCAACAAGAAUCUCUACUGGGUAAACACAAUGGAACCUGCGUCCAUUGAUGUUACCAGCAACAAUGGCCAGUUCCCAUCAGCGAAAGUGGUGAAGAAUUUGGACAAGCCACGAGGUCUUGCAGUUGACCCCAGAGAAGUAUAUUUGUACUGGACUGGCUGGGGAAGCGACCCGAUGAUUGGCAAAGCAGGUUUAGAUGGUUCCAAUCCUACUAAACUGGUACACACUGACCUUGGAUGGCCAAAUGGACUGACGCUAGAUUUCCAAGCUAGACGGGUGUACUGGGUGGACAGUAGACUGGACACAGUGGAAUAUGUUGGGUUCGAUGGUGACGGACGACACAUUCUGAUUCAAGACAGCCCCAAAGUACGGCAUCCCUUCGGUAUAGCUGUUUACCAGCACCUUGUAUUCUGGAAUGACUGGGGGACAAACGAAGUAACCAUCGCCAACAAGUUUACUGGAGAAAUACUUAACUCAAUUCCGCUAGACGGCCAGGCAUAUUUUAUGUCUGUAAUGGAGCAUCAAUACGAGAUUGAAGAAAUCCCAAAGCGAUGUUUGAAUCAUGGCUGUUCCCAUAUUUGCCUUCCCUCCCCUUCAAAACCGACCGACUAUAUAUGUGCAUGCCCUAUGGAGACUCGCCUGGACCAGACCAAACAGACCUGCCUCUGUGAAAAUGGACGGCGCCUGCUGGAAGAUGGAAUCAGCUGUGAGCCUCAACCAGAAUGCGGCCAUAGAGAUUUCCAGUGCCGUGAGAUCAGAGAAUGCAUCUUGCUCUCCCAAACCUGUGACAGACACCAGCAUUGUAAAGAUGGGUCUGACGAAGACGACUGUGAUGGUGGAUGCGGUGACUGGGGUUUCCAGUGUAAUGAUGGCAAAUGCAUACAUAAACGGCAGCGGUGUGAUGGCGUUACAGGGGACUGUCUUGAGUAUGAAGACGAAAUGGGAUGUGAGAAUGUUCCAGAUCGGUGCGGUACAACACAACCUGAUCCAUGCCCUGGAGUAACUUGUAUUAAUUUGCAAGCAGGAGUGGAGUGUAUUUGCCCUGACAGUUAUGCUCUUCAGCAAGACAAUCGAACAUGUGAGUUCGAAUACCCAACACCACCCAAGUUGUUGUUAUCUGCCAGACGUCGACUUCUGGAGAUUGAUACACUCCUUUUAGAGGUUGCACAUGUGCAAGGCCCUUGGAAUAACAUCAUUGGUGUAGCCUAUGGUGAAGAUGGCAGACUGUUUGUCGGUGAUAUAACACAAGAUACAAUAGAAAGGUACGACACCACUGGAGGACGUUUUCGCGUGCCAGUUGUAGCGACCAACCAGACCCUGGUAUCUGGGCGAGCCAACGACAGUGAGGGGUUGGCGUAUGACUGGGUCAACAAGAAUCUCUACUGGGUAAACACAAUGGAACCUGCGUCCAUUGAUGUUACCAGCAACAAUGGCCAGUUCCCGUCAGCGAAAGUGGUGAAGAAUUUGGACAAGCCACGAGGUCUUGCAGUUGACCCCAGAGAAGUAUAUUUGUACUGGACUGGCUGGGGAAGCAACCCGAUGAUUGGCAAAGCAGGUUUAGAUGGUUCCAAUCCUACUAAACUGGUACACACUGACCUUGGAUGGCCAAAUGGACUGACGCUAGAUUUCCAAGCUAGACGUGUGUACUGGGUGGACAGUAGACUGGACACAGUGGAAUAUGUUGGGUUCGAUGGUGACGGACGACACAUUCUGAUUCAAGACAGCCCCAAAGUAUGGCAUCCCUUCGGUAUAGCUGUUUACCAGCACCUUGUAUUCUGGAAUGACUGGGGGCCAAACGAAGUAACCAUCGCCAACAAGUUUACUGGAGAAAUACUUAACUCAAUUCCGCUAGACGGCCAGACAUAUUUUAUGUCUGUAAUGGAGCAUCAAUACGAGAAUGAAGAAAUCCCAAAGCGAUGUUUGAAUCAUGGCUGUUCCCAUAUUUGCCUUCCCUCCCCUUCAAAACCGACCGACUAUAUAUGUGCAUGCCCUAUGGAGACUCGCCUGGACCAGACCAAACAGACCUGCCUCUGUGAAAAUGGACGGCGCCUGCUGGAAGAUGGAAUCAGCUGUGAGCCUCAACCAGAAUGCGGCCGUAGAGAUUUCCAGUGCCGUGAGAGCAGAGAAUGCAUCUUGCUCUCCCAAACCUGUGACAGACACCAGCAUUGUAAAGAUGGGUCUGACGAAGACGACUGUGAUGGUGCAUGCGGUGACUGGGGUUUCCAGUGUAAUGAUGGCAAAUGCAUACAUAAACGGCAGCGGUGUGAUGGCGUUACAGGGGACUGUCUUGAGUAUGAAGACGAAAUGGGAUGUGAGAAUGUUCCAGAUCGGUGCGGUACAACACAACCUGAUCCAUGCCCUGGAGUAACUUGUAUUAAUUUGCAAGCAGGAGUGGAGUGUAUUUGCCCUGACAGUUAUGCUCUUCAGCAAGACAAUCGAACAUGUGAGUUCGAAUACCCAACACCACCCAAGUUGUUGUUAUCUGCCAGACGUCGACUUCUGGAGAUUGAUACACUCCUUUUAGAGGUUGCACAUGUGCAAGGCCCUUGGAAUAACAUCAUUGGUGUAGCCUAUGGUGAAGAUGGCAGACUGUUUGUCGGUGAUAUAACACAAGAUACAAUAGAAAGGUAUUCGAUCACUGUACACACUGGUCAGCCAGUUAUAGUGACCAACCGGACCCUGGUACCCCAAGGAGCCAACCACGAGGGGUUAGCGUAUGACUGGAUACACAAGAACCUCUACUGCGUGAACACAGAACAACCUGCGUCCAUUGAUGUUAUAAGUAACAAUGGCCAGUUCUUGUUAACGAAAAUCCUGAAGAAUUUGGACAAGCCUCGAGGUCUUGCAGUGGACCCAAAAGAAGCCUUUUUGUACUGGACUGACUGGGGAGAGAACCCAAUGAUUGGCAAGGCAGGUUUAGAUGGUUCCCGUCCUACUAAACUGGUACACACUAACCUUGGUUGGGUUAACGGUCUGACGCUAGAUUUCCAAGCUAGACGGGUGUACUGGGUGGAUAGUAGGCUGGACACAGUGGAAUAUGUUGGCUUUUAUGGUGACGGACGACGCAUUCUGAUUCAGGACAGCCUCCAAGUACAACAUCCCUUCAGUAUCGCUGUUCACCAGCACUUUGUGAUCUGGAAUGACUGGAGGACAGAUGCAGUCAGUAUUGCCAACAAGUUUACCGGAGAAAUACUGGACACAAUUCCACUAGACCUUCAGGCAUACUACAUGACUUCAAUUGAACAUCAAUCCGAAAUUGGAGAAGUCCCUAACCGAUGUUUGAAUCAUCGCUGUUCCCAUAUCUGCCUUCCCUCCCCCUCAAGACUGACGGACUAUAUCUGUGCAUGCCCUCCGGGCAGCCUUCUGGACUGGGAUGGAGAGUACUGCCUUUGUGAAAAAGGAGGGCGCCUGCUGGAGGAUGGAGUUAGCUGUGAAGCAAGGCCUUAGUCAUUUGAUUGGUCUUGUUGAUCUGCUUUUAAAACAACAGACUUUUCUAUUUAUCCAACCGUUUCAAUUCGAACUUAUUUCAAAGCAACGUUUAUUUCCAUAUAUCAUCAUGAGAAAUAAAAAUAAAUGUAAACUAGGCCCUAGUCAAAUCUUUUUAAAUCGUUUUUAAUAUUUUUUUAAAUGUUCUGUCAUCAAGUCUCGGGCAAAACCUCAAAUGAGUUGGUAAGCUACCAAAGAAAAAGAGAGUGAAUAUACAGGUCGCAACCCCAGAGUUAAUUUUCUACAUUAUGAACAAUGAGGGCGCACUUGGGUUCCCUACAUAAAUAAGGUGCUACUAUGGUUAAGCAACAUUUAGCGCUCACAAAUGACCAUUUUCAUUCAAAUUAAUUUCAAAUCUUCGAAAAGAAUUGGUGCUUAGCAAUAUAUAUUCCAAGGCAAGCAAGAAAGUAGAUGGGUACCUGUGACAAAAACAUGAUUGAAAGAUACUUUGGAGUGUUGCCAGUUUCUGCUAUAUAAGCAAGAUAUUUUUGAGCAAGUUUUGUUGUGUGCGUACUGACUUAAGUACGAGUCUUUCAGACUACAGAAAUAGCAAAUCUUAUGCACUUAACACUGUAGCAGCUUUUAAAAUUGGGCCUAAAAAAUAAAACAUCACCAAUUGAAAUCUGCAAAGAUUUCAAUUGUUUGGUUACAGGCUUAUGUUGAAAUGAUAGUUUCAUUGUGUCUAGUAAGUAAGACGGAAUCACAAUUAUUCCACUAUAGUUCUUAUCUUAAUAUCAAUUUGUAUUACCUAAGAAUGUUUAACUUGUUUGAUAAAACUAAAAAAACUCUGCCCAUCUGACUGAGCAUUUAAUCACUUUCUGGAAAUCCAUUUUUGUAACGAACAAUGUAGAACUUGAACUUUUUCAAUUGUUUACUAUUCAAGACUUGUCCAAACAGUUUUAGAAAGGUUCAAAGUUUAUUGGCUAUUACCAGGCCUACAUGGAUGUCAUUGCCUCUGCUGCCCCUGUGCCCCUUUAAACAUUUUCUUUAUUCUUUACGACUUCCAAUAAAAGAAGUGCUAUUUGCAAAAUGA